GAGAAGGUAACUCGCUCCAUGUCUCCAAUAGAACAGCCGUGAACCUCACGGGAGUUCAAUACCACGACCAGCGCCACGCAUUGGGGAGGCAGUGUAAAGGGAGAGAGUGAAGCGGGAAGUGGUCCGUUUUACAUACCUUUAUUUACCAUAAUUAUUUGGUCUUCUGUGGACGCUGCUGGAGGGUAUAGGUGUUUUGUCGCUUAUUAAAGAUUUUGCCACUGUAUGGGAAGCAGUUCAUUAUUAAUCUUGCUGAAGAGAGAACAGGCAACGAAAGAUGCCAAAACCGGUCAAUGUUAGGGUUACUACAAUGGAUGCAGAGCUGGAAUUUGCCAUCCAGCCAAAUACAACAGGCAAGCAGCUGUUUGACCAGGUUGUGAAGACAGUAGGGCUUCGUGAGGUCUGGUUCUUUGGCCUGCAAUAUGUAGACACUAAAGGCUACACAACAUGGCUAAAACUGAACAAAAAGGUAACUCAACAAGAUGUUAGAAAAGAAAAUCCUUUGCAGUUCAAAUUUCGUGCAAAAUUCUUUCCAGAGGAUGUUUCUGAGGAACUGAUACAAGAAAUAACACAACGGCUGUUCUUUCUGCAAGUCAAAGAAGCCAUCUUAAAUGAUGAAAAUUACUGCCCCCCAGAGACUGCAGUACUGCUGGCAUCAUAUGCAGUGCAGGCCAAAUAUGGAGACUUCAACAAGGAAAUGCAUAAACCAGGCUACUUAACUAAUGAUCGGCUACUUCCACAACGGGUUUUGGAGCAGCAUAAACUGACUAAAGAACAAUGGGAAGAUAGGAUUCAGACAUGGCAUGAAGAGCAUAGGAGCAUGCUAAGAGAGGAUUCAAUGAUGGAAUAUUUGAAGAUUGCACAAGAUUUGGAGAUGUACGGUGUGAAUUACUUUGAAAUUAAGAACAAAAAGGGGACAGAGCUGUGGCUUGGAGUUGAUGCCUUAGGACUUAACAUUUAUGAACAUGGAGACAAAUUGACACCAAAGAUUGGCUUUCCAUGGAGCGAGAUCCGAAAUAUUUCCUUUAAUGACAAAAAGUUUGUUAUUAAGCCAAUUGACAAAAAAGCUCCGGACUUUGUUUUCUAUGCUCCUCGAUUACGUAUUAACAAACGUAUUCUGGCUCUGUGUAUGGGAAAUCAUGAACUGUACAUGAGAAGAAGGAAACCAGACACCAUUGAAGUCCAGCAAAUGAAAGCUCAAGCCCGAGAGGAAAAGCAUCAGAAACAGCUUGAAAGGGCACAGCUAGAAAAUGAGAAGAAGAAACGAGAAUUUGCAGAAAAAGAGAAAGAAAGAAUAGAAAGAGAAAAAGAUGAAUUGAUUGAACGACUGAAACAGAUUGAAGAACAGACACUUAGGGCCCAAAAAGAACUAGAAGACCAGACACGCCGGGCUCUAGAGUUGGAACAGGAGAGAAAACGGGCCAUAGAAGAAGCAGAGAGACUUGAAAAAGAGCGGCAUUCUGCUGAAGAAGCCAAAGCUGAACUAGCAAAGCAAGCUGCUGAUCAACUGAAAAAUCAGGAACAGUUGGCUGCUGAACUUGGAGAAUUCACUGCCAAAAUUGCUUUACUAGAAGAUGCCAAGAGAAAAAAGGAAGAAGAGGCCACAGAAUGGCAGCUCAAGGCAAUAAAUGCACAAGAUGACUUGGAGAAAACUAAGGAGGAAUUGAAGAUUGUUAUGACUGCACCCCCACCUCCACCACCACCUCCACCACCUCCUCCAGCAGCUGUGGUGUCACCAGUUGAAAAUGACAAUGAUGAACAAGAUGAGAAUAGUGCAGAAGCUAGUGCUGAACUCUCCAGUGAAGGUGUUGCCAACCACCGUAGUGAAGAGGAACGUCUUACUGAAACACAGAAAAAUGAACGUGUUAAGAAACAGCUGCAGGCACUCAGCUCAGAACUUGCCCAGGCCCGUGAUCAUACUAAGAAAACACAAAAUGAUGUCCUCCAUGCAGAAAAUGUAAAAGCAGGCCGCGAUAAGUACAAAACACUGAGACAGAUUCGACAAGGCAACACAAAGCAAAGGAUUGAUGAAUUUGAGUCGAUGUGAAAAAAGAAUAAGCAUGAACAAAGCUUGGGGUCUGUUUUACAUUUUGCUUUUUGUGUACUGCUGAAUACUGCCAGUAGUGAGGCGGGCAGGGUUUGCCGAACUAUCCCAACUACUUCCUUGCCUUGCCAAAAUAUUGACCAUGUUUUAUUCAGUUUACUUGGCUUCAGAAUUUGUUUGUAUACAUACGUUUAUAUUGCUAAUUGUAAGAAGGGCCAAUUACAGUAGAAAAGUGGUAUUGCCUUAUGCUUUAAGUGGGUUCAAGUUUGUAUGUUAAUAAAAUAUGUAAGGAGCCUUUUUUUGAACUAAUGAUUGGAGCAGAAAAUAUGUUCUGACUGAAUGUGUUCAGUUUACUUUUGUUGUGUAAGUUUUUAUUUUUUAAAGCAAAUAUCCUAAGUCAAAAUGAGUUACACAUUUCAGUGAGGCAGGUACAGUGUUUAAUGUCCAGUCAUUGUAGAUGGUUUUCUUUGCCUACUUGCUCACAAAGGCUUUGGAAUACAGUUAGCUUUUUUGUAGAUUUUCAAAUUAUCAAGUGGAAUGUCAACUGAGGCACCUACAUUAGAUAGAAAUCGACACAUCAGACUGUAUGUACUGCCUGCUGUAGACACACAGAAAAGCUAAAUGUAAGUACACUCGCACAUGUUUAUUGGGCAUAGUCUGGACUUAUUAAUAUUUCUUUUUCUAUAAAAAUUAAGUGAAUUUCCAUACCUUUCUGGCAGGAGAGCAUAUGAAAACAUCAGUCCCAAGGAAGGGACAGUUCACUACCUCAAAAUAGAAGACAUGAUGACUGGCCAGUGAAACACUUGUUAUUAAUCCAUCACAAACAUUUUCUCAUUUGUACCAGUUUUUAUUUUUUAACAUCAUUUCAUGAUAAUUCAUCUCAUUUGUAACUGUGCAUUUUGGCAGAAGUCCAUAGUUUUCAUAAUGCAGAAAUUGUCAGUUAACUUUGAAAACAGUAGUCAUAUACAUUUAGGACAAAUAAAUAUAAGCACACACUCAAAUAAAUAUAAGCACACACUCUAACAUAUAUCGAAGUGUUAUAAGCUAGUGAGACUGAACAUUUUUUGAUUUAAAAAUAUGUCUGAACGUUUUUUGUUUAAAACAGCAAAGUGUUUGCUUAGAAAUGUAUUUAUAUAUCUUUAUAAAACUGUAUAAAGGCCUAUAUUAUAUCUAAACAUAUAUUCAUUGUUCUACAUUUUCUUCAUUAGAUUUAGAAGAGGGAUUUUAUAUUUUAUAAUUAACCUCUGCAUUUUUGGAGAGGGAUCUGUGCUUACUCAUUUGCAGCAAUACCAAAACAAUUUGAAUGGUGGCAUUUUGCAUUUGGAUUGACAAUUUGUGAAGAGAAGAAUAUCUUGCAUUAAUUACAUCGGUAACAACUGCAAAGAAAUGGUUUUCCAAGAUUUUAUGCUAGCAGUCUACUACAUCUCAAAGAUGAAUCCUGAAGGUCUCUGCUUUCAUUUAAUCUUAGGACCUAAAUAUUUUUUAGCACACCAUUUCAAUCUGCCCAUGUAUCUUUUCAACCCAAUUAACUUUGAGCUUUGCAUUUGUCUUGAUAAUUAAUAUUUUUAAGAAGUAAUUUGUGUAUUUGUAUGUAAAUUUGUUUUCUUUGCAAGUAGGUUUUAUCUUGAGCAGGUAGGCGUUUUGUGUAGAAUUGUUUAUCAGAAAGUCUGCGGUAAAAAGAGAGAGUUGAGGAUAAAGACUUCCUUUCAGCUUUACAAGAAUUGAGGUUUCCUCUCUGGUGACAGACAGUUCAGCUUCACUAUUAUUAAGCACGUAGACCUCUGCAUUAAUGACAUUGAAAUUGAUAAUAAUAAUCUACAUAUCAUAAAUUAACUUUUAUUUACAGUUGGAACAAAAUAAGUUUUUUUUUUUUCUUUUCAUUUUUUACAUAGUAUGUUUAAGAACAGACAUCUAAUUUUGUUUUUCCUUAUUCAUGAUACAGUAUGUUUGGGUGUGUUGUAUGCAUUUUAAAUAAGGCAAUUGCCAGGGUUUAAAGCAGUUAUUUUGUGAAGCAAGAUGAAAAUCUACAAUUUGUGUAUGUUAAAAAUAACAAAAAUAUAUAAAAGAUCUCCCAGCAAAGCUAUAAACACCAGUGUUGGUACAAAAAUGUGAAUAAAAGGUAUGAAUUUCCAGAUUAGUAAAGUUUGCUAUUUAUAUUCUAUAGAGUGAAGUAACUAACAGAUUUAGUCUUUUAUAUUAACUGUGUUAGCACUUACCUGUAAAAGAGUAUAAUUUCUUUUGUAAAAAAAAAAAAAAAAAGAUAAUAAUAAUAUGCUCUUUAUGGGAAAUAAAGAAAUAAUAGACAUCAGGCAGAAUGGAGUACUUAAAUUGACUUCCACCUUAACAGUGGUCCUUUUCUUGUCCUCUCUCCCACAUUGCAACAAAUGUUAUUUAACCCUUCAAAAUUUAAAUUGUGCAUUCAAGUACUUAUUAAUAACAUAUAAUAUUAAUAAUAAAUACAUCAGCUUUA